UUGAACAUCCUAUUUCUUCCUAUUGUCUUAUUGCAUCGUCUUGUACUCGCGCCAGGUUUCUUUCAAUACUCUGUGCUUGCUGACUGGGUUUGUUUCUGUUUUCUGGUCUCGAAGAUGAUUGUUUCAAGUUCAUUUUUGCGUAUGGCGGGAAAGAAAAGUUUAAACAAGGCACUUCAAUGUUGCAGACCAUCAUGUUCUUUGUUAAGAAACUUUUCACAAUAUGGUGGGCGCCAUACCAUAACAAUGAUUCCUGGUGAUGGAAUUGGCCCUGAAAUCAUGAAGUCUGUUGAAAGAGUAUUUACAACUGCUGGUGUUCCAGUGGAUUUCGAGAAAGUUGACAUCUCGUCAGAAGGUUUGGAAAGAAAUACUGAGGAAGCAAUUAUUGCGAUUAAGCGCAAUGAAGUUGCCAUCAAAGGAAACAUUGAUACCAAGUUUGACAAAAUGGAUAUUGAUGAGAAAUCAGCAAACAUGGUCAUAAGGACAAAACUGGACUUGUUUGCUAAUGUGCUGAAGGUGAAAUCUGUUCCUGACGUUUGUCGAAGAAAUCACAACGUUGAUAUUCGAAUUAUUCGAGAAAACACAGAGGGAGAAUAUUCAAGUUUAGAGCAUGAGAGUAUGCCAGGUGUUGUAGAAAGCUUGAAAAUCAUCACAGCAGAAAAAUCAUAUCGAAUUGCUAAAUUUGCAUUUGAAUAUGCGAGGAGAAAUAAAAGAAAGAAGAUUACUGCUGUUCAUAAAGCUAACAUAAUGAAAUUAGCAGAUGGACUAUUUCUACAAUGUUGUCGAGAGACUGCCAGAGAUUUUCCUGACAUUGAAUUCAAUGAUAUGAUCGUUGACAACACGACAAUGCAGCUCGUGUCAAAACCUGAGCAAUUCGAUGUUAUGGUCAUGCCUAAUUUGUAUGGGAAUAUAGUUGGUAACAUUUGUUGUGGUUUGGUUGGAGGUCCAGGAAUGGUGGCUGGUUCUAAUAUUGGUGAUGAAUAUCGCGUCUUUGAGCCUGCAACAAGAAACACUGGAAGCAGAAUUGCGGGGCUUGGCAUAGCCAAUCCAAAUGCAAUGCUUUUUGCCAGCACCUUGAUGCUGAAGUAUAUUGGACUUCAGAAAUAUGCGAGCCUUGUUAAUCAUGCAAUCAUCGACACAAUUUUAAUAGAUAAGAUUCGUACACCAGAUAUUGGUGGAACAAACUCAACAGAAGAUGUCACCAAUUCCAUCUGUAUGAAAUUGGAAGAAAGAGCACAUGAAGUUCGACAUAGUUCCGCCUGAGUCAAUGUGCUGCUUUGUGAACAAAAUCAUGCUUUUCUCAGUUAUAUCUGCAGUUAUAUUAUUUUCACUGAAUCAAGAUGCAACAUAUGCUAGUUCAAUAUCACUCUUAUAUCUUUUCACUGUGUUAACUAUCUCUGGUGGUUAUUACUUUUUUUCUGAAUACACUCAAAUAAAAUAUUAACUCCAGUCAA